UGCAGUUCGAGUUUGGCGAUGAAGAACUUUGCACCGACAUCGCCGGUGCGUCGUCAUGGCUGUGAGAGGCACUUGCCCAGUUUCGCCGCCGGCCCCUUUUUCUGGCUUAUGCCGCGAACGCUGAAGACAUGGUGGCCCAUCAGCCCUCUGCAGAUCGUCUUGCUGGUGAUCAUUCUGCUCGACGGCCUGGUCUUCGCCUUCUGCGCGCUUCCCUUGGUGCAGGACUCCGUUGUGCAAAUCAUUCUGGCGGUGGUCUAUGCGCUGGUCGUUCUUGGCAUGGUGGGUGCCGGCGUGCACGUGGCGAUCACUGACCCCUCACAUCAAAAUGUGUCGUGGAAGCUCGGCAAAGGGUCCUUCGAUGAGAUCAACACGCAGCUGCCGGUAUGCUGGACCUGCCACGUGCGCCAGGAGUGGCGGACGGAGCACUGCAACACCUGCAACAGGUGCGUGGACAGAUUCGACCACCACUGCAUUUGGCUGAACAACUGUGUGGGCCAUGCGAACUACAGAAGCUUCUGGGCAGCCAUGACCCUCGCUGUUUGCAUGUUAGGAAUCUUCUUCUUCACAAACAUUGUGUUGCUCAUCCAGGAGGCGAGCGACGCAUUGGCACUCGGCGCUCCCAAGGAGGUCGUUUUGCCGGUGCUCUUGAUCACGACGGUGAUGAAUGCACCGUUUCUGCUGAUGAUCGGCACGCUGCUGGUGUUCCACAUGUGCCUGCUCCGCAAGAACCUCACGACCCUGGAGUACAUUUUGGCGCGAAUCUCAUACGAGAGGGCAGAAGAGCAAAGUCUGGAAGCGCCGGAGUUGGACGAUGGCAGGACCUUCAUCCCCUUGCCUAGGUGCGUGGAUUGGGUGGUGUUCCGUCGCCGGAAGAAGGCCGGCAAGGUGGCCCCCCAGCCUACGAAGGAGGACGCGGAGAUGGACCCGGAUGCCGUGCCGGAGGACCUCAUCAAGGAGAAGUCCUCCGCGGACGCCGAUUCAGCGAAGGAGCAUGUCUCGGACACGGGCACCGCGACGUGAAGCCACAUUUGUUUUUGCAGCGUGAAAAGGCUUGUGGGGUCAUUUGAGCUCAUAGCUGGCAUAUUUUGGGAACAUGUGUCACAACCAGGGAUCC